GUUAUCAAAGCUUGAAUGGCCGGAUGUCACCUGGACUUUCGGUAGCAAACAGUUACGCUACUCUUACUCCGCUUCAGCCCCUGCCACCCAUUUCUACCAUGUCAGACAAAUUUAGUCACUAUGGCCAUACUGGUAACGUCAGCGGCGGUUUUUCCUUGAUGCAGAACAAUGCUUUGGGUAUGAGUAUGAAUAGUUAUCAAUAUGAUAAACUAAGCCAUGUGGGAGGGAUGGCCCCUAUGAACAUGGGCCCUACUCUUGGGGCAACUCACCCAUCUGCCAUGUCAAUGAUGACCAGUAAUGGACUUGGGACAAUGGCCCAGCAGACAGGGAUCCCUUCACCCCCCUACCUUCAGAACGGUUUGCAUUCUCCUGACAAAGCUAUAUCUCCCAACACAUAUGACUCCUAUUCACAUCAUCGGGACUUAUCACGUGGCUUGGGGUUUCCCCAGAGCCCCACUGUGAGUCUCCAUUCUCCCACUAACAUGAUGCCUACACUGAACGGACUUAAUGCACCACACACGCCCCCAUCGAUGCACCUGCAAGUCCCUGUAACACCACCGGAGCACCAAGACAUCAAGCCCGUAAACGUAGCAGCCCUGACCGCCCAGACGUGCGUGUCUAAUAUCAGCUUAGGAAUCUCCUCCUUUUCUCAGCCCAUGGUCAGUUUGAGUCCUGUUUCAGUUCACAACACAGGGGUUAACGCUGUCUCUUCCGCCGCCCAAGCUGGGAUUACGAUAAAAAACUCGGGGUGUCAGACUCCCAACAGUUCUAAGGGUGGAGCAGCUGACGAAGUGGAAGAGAUCAACACAAAAGAACUGGCCCAGCGAAUAAGUGCAGAGCUGAAGCGCUACAGCAUCCCUCAAGCCAUCUUCGCCCAGCGGGUGCUGUGCCGGUCCCAAGGAACCCUCUCCGAUCUGCUGCGGAAUCCCAAGCCUUGGAGCAAGCUGAAGUCCGGCAGGGAGACCUUUCGCAGGAUGUAUAAAUGGUUGGAAGAGCCAGAGUUCCAGCGGAUGUCAGCUUUGAGAUUAGCAGAUUUGAACCCAUACGAGGACUCAGGAUACAGACCACCCAGGGGCACACUUGUCAAGUCGUGUUACGGGGAGCUAGUCGACUCAGCUUGCAAGCGGAAAGAAGAGCAACAGCAUCAUCACAAAAACCCCAAUCAACCCAAGAAACCCCGAUUGGUUUUUACAGACCUCCAGCGCCGUACUCUGCAAGCUAUUUUUAAGGAGACCAAACGUCCCUCCAAAGAGAUGCAACUCACGAUUGCUCAACAAUUGGGAUUGGAGCUGAGCACGGUGGGAAAUUUCUUCAUGAAUGCUAGGCGGCGCUCACAAGAUAAGUGGCUGGACGAGAAUAAGUCAAAAUCCGGCGGCGAUGGAAUCAGUAACAAAUGUGUCAACUCGUCUGGAAAUCAUAUGAUGAACACAAGCGCCAUCACACCGUCGCCGACUUCAGCCUCAACACCUACGCCAACCUUUAUUUAUGCAACCCCCAUCGGCAUUGUUACUUCUUCAUAACCCUAACAUUUUCAUUUGCUAGUAGCGCUCUCUGUAGAGACGAUCCUUUUUCGUGAGCAUUGCUUUCUCUGACUGAGGGGACGGUAAAAAUUAGAAACUUUCAAUUCAAAGCUAUGAUAACAGGAUGCACAUAAAAUCAAUUUUUAGUGUCUUAGGUGUGAAUAUUCUGCAUUCUGACUUUUAUAUAACGCCCUAGUAAGACCAACAAAUACACCACCGGAUUAUGAUAACCGUUUUUUGAGACAAGGGGUUAAUUAGGCUUAGCAUCCACCACUGUUCGUGCGAGAGACUUGUACAGCUGGGGCAUUUUAUUGAUAAUGUAAAAGUGGCUCAAAGUUAAAGCAAAUAUCAAAGCAUUAAUAAUAAUAAUUUAAAAUAUUUACACGAACUAAAGGCAGUAUUUGUAAUCCUUAUGUAACUGUAGAAAAAACAAAUGUAGGUUUGUGUAUAGCCAGUGUUUAGUAAACUUAAAAUUAUCGUGGUUGAUGUCACGCCUUCAGAGUACAAGAUCACGGGGUGACUGUAGGUGGCAGUCUUGCUAAAAACGAUAAUCAAUAUUUUGUUUGAAAAAGUAUAAAUUUAUAAACCA